CGAAUGGCACUGCCCGAGAUGCCCCUGGGAAUAUAAAGCCAUUGUUUGUCCACUGUUCCCGAUACUCUCAAUCUUAGCAACAACAUCGAUAUCAAAACAAAACAUACUCAUCCACCAUGAAGCUGUACCCCUCCCUUCUCCUGGCCUUUUCCGCCAUCAAUGCUGCUCUUGGCAACGAGGCCACUUGCUCCGGAGAUGCCGAGCUAGUCAACCAACAUCAGGGACAGAAAUACACGCAGGAAAUUGCCAGCCAAACCAAUUCGGAGACGGUUCGCGUGUUGCACCCGGGUGAUGCUGCUACUAUGGAUCUCCGGCCCGGAAGGUUGAAUGUCCAUGUUGAUGAAAAUGAUGUUGUUCAAAAUGCUACUUGUGGUUAACCGAGUUUCAUGAUGCUGGUGUGAGAUUGGAAAAUAAUUUUAUUGUUUCUUCAUAUACAUAUUUCAGUACAUUUUUGGGGUGGUC